AUGGCCCGAUCCGGCGCCGACGCGCAGCCUGACAGCCGAGGAUGCUGCGGAUCCUGUGGCAGUUAUUUAAGAUCUGCUAAAUUCCUUCUCUACGUUGGCCACGCCCUGUCCACUUGGGGGGAUCGCAUGUGGCACUUUGCAGUGUCUGUCUUCUUGGUUGAACUGUACGGAAACAGCUUGCUUUUGACAGCUGUCUAUGGACUGGUGGUGGCCGGGUCCGUCCUCCUUCUGGGAGCCAUCAUUGGCGACUGGGUAGACAAGAACCCGAGGCUUAAAGUGGCCCAGACGUCCUUAAUUGUGCAAAAUGCAUGCGUCAUUUUAUGCGGCGUCCUUCUGAUGAUGGUCUUCCUGUUCAAGACCGAGCUGGUGGCCUUGUAUCAAGGCUGGCUCCUUACCCUCUGCUACAUUCUGGUCAUCACCAUCGCCAACAUUGCCAACUUGGCCAGCACCGCCACCGGCAUUACCAUCCAGAGGGACUGGGUGGUGGUCGUGGCAGGCGACAACCGGAACAGACUGGCAGAUAUGAAUGCCACGAUCAGAAGAAUCGAUCAGCUGACCAACAUUUUGGCCCCGAUGGCUGUCGGGCAGAUCAUGACCUUUGGAUCGCCAGUGAUUGGCUGCGGGUUCAUUUCGGGCUGGAAUCUGAUUUCCAUGUGCGUGGAAUAUCUGCUGCUCUGGAAAGUCUACCAGAAGACACCUGCCUUAGCUCACAAAGCCAGUUGCAAGAUGGAGGACUCAGAACUGAAGCAACUGAACAAUCCAAAAGAGGGUGAAUUGAAGCCCAACGAAGGAGUCAAGUUAAUCGCAGGGAAAGAACUGAACGCCCUUGAGCAAGAGGAGGUCUCCUGCUGGUCCCGGAUGGCGGAGCCGCUCAGCACCUUCCGGGACGGAUGGGUCGCUUACUACAACCAGCCGGUGUUUCUGGCGGGCUUGGGCCUGGCAUUCCUGUACAUGACCGUUCUGGGCUUUGACUGUAUCACCACGGGCUACGCCUAUACUCAGGGCCUGAGCGGUUCCACUCUCAGCCUCCUCAUGGGGGCGUCAGCCAUCACUGGAAUCAUGGGAACCGUGGCCUUCACCUGGCUGCGCCGCAGGUGCGGGUUGGUGCGCACGGGCAUCAUCUCUGGCGUAGCCCAGAUGGCCUCUCUGGUCUUCUGCGUGAUUUCCGUCUUCAUGCCGGGGAGCCCUUUGGACCUGUCGGUUUCCCCUUUUGCGGACAUCAGCGCCAGGCUGUUCGAAAGCAGCCCGCUUCCGACGAUGGCUCCUGAAGGUGUGAUACCCGAAAUGCCUUUGACAACCGUUGUGCCUGUUUUGGCAAAUGCAUCUUUGUUUGUUAAUGGGUCUAAUCCAGAGAUGACUCCUGACUCAGUGCCUCUCGCCUCUGUUAGCCUCCUGUUCGCAGGAGUCAUCGCUGCUAGAAUUGGCCUUUGGUCCUUCGACCUGACCGUCACGCAGUUGCUCCAGGAAAACGUGAUAGAAUCCGAAAGAGGCAUCAUCAAUGGUGUCCAGAACUCCAUGAACUACCUCCUCGACUUGCUGCACUUCAUCAUGGUCAUUCUGGCCCCCAACCCUGAAGCUUUCGGAUUGCUGGUUCUUAUUUCUGUUUCCUUUGUCGCCAUGGGCCACAUCAUGUACUUCCGCUUUGCGCAGAAGACUCUGGGGAGCAGUGUCUUCCGGUGCUGCGCCCGUGAACCCAAAGUGGGUGCUGAUGACCCUUCGCCGUCUGACGUGCCUUUGAGUGCCUAG